AAUAAUGCUUCCCGAGAUUCCUUCUCUAUUCCUUCAAGUUUGUAACCCUAGCUUCGCAUUCAUUAGAUUUUUCUUCUGGAGUUCAUCUGUGAUCACGAGGUUUAAUUUAAUCUGUCUUUUUCUUUUUCCUUAGUUUCGAUCUACUCUUUUGUUGUUUAACAAUCAGCUCUGACAGGUUAGGUAGAGGUAAUUAGCAGUUAGAAGAUUCAUUGUUUACAUUCGAAAAACAAGAAGAGACGGCAACCACCACGAUCUGUAUUCAAUGGAGGUUUGUCAGUACACGGAAGAAGCCUUAGAUGCUGCCAUCAAAAAAUUUGAAGGCUUCGGCAAGACUCUUGUGUUUAAACCAUCUCGUGAUAUGGCUGCAACCAAAAGCACUAAAGACCUGCAUUUUGAGGAGAUGGAAAGGUAUAUGCAAGCAAGACUUGCUUCCUCGGUAAAAAUUCGAACCUCCUAUAGAUUGCUUAGGGGUUAUUCUGGGACGGAAUAUGUUUUUAACAAAAAAGAUGACGCUGCAGGACCCUCCACUUCGGUGAAACUGCAGUUGGAAACUAAUGUGCAAGAUAUUAUUAAGUUAACUAACGUCACAAUCUGUCCCAAGGUAGGAGGGCAAGGUGGAAAGAUCAUUAUGGGUACUCUCGAAGCGCAUGUGAAUGGGUUCCGGUAUAAAACCUCCGGUGCCCAUCCUUAUAUAGAUGUUGUGUAUGAGAACAUAAAGUGCCCUUUCUUCCGAGCUGGAGAGCAUGAGAUACCUCCUAUCUUGCACUUACACUUGCACAACCAGAUCAUGUUGGGGACAGAAGAGACUAAUGAUAUCAAUUUCCAGUUGGACUCGACCCUUGUACAGACUGAUGACCGUAACAAAGAUCUCCAGGACUUUGUCGACAAAGUUGCAGAUUUGUGGGAAUCCGAGCCUGUAGUUAUCAAUUAUUUUGAAUCGCCAGAGUACGAAUUUCAUGGUUUUUUCCCCACAGGGGCGCGGGCUGUCUUUGCGCUGACUUUAUUUUUCCUAGUAGAGCUUGUAGAAACAAAUCCCAUUGUGGUUAAACUAGACGAGAUCGAGAUUGUCAAUCUGGCGCAGCUUAGACCCAAUGAAAUUGAUAUGACAGUGGUAUUCAAAGACUUCAGUCGUGACGUGCUUCAAAUCAACUCAAUUCCAUUAGAGUUACUAGCUGAUAUUAAACAUCGUCUGACCUGUUCAAACGUCAAGUACUAUCAGAACGAGCGAAAACUGAAUUGGAACGAAGAAGUGAAGAAAUUCAGAGAUUCCCCAGAGAAGUUCAUCAUGGAUGGUGGGUGGGAGUCCUUGGACCUCGAGGCUGGUGAUGCUUCUAAAUGUUUCUACUGGGAAGAAUACGGUGGAUUAGAUGAAGAGGAUUGGUGAUGCUUGUGACUGUUUCUCUAUUAGGAAGAAUUUGGUGAUUGAGAUGAAGAGGAUUUCUAAAACUAAUGACUGGUGGAGCGGGAAGUGCGAUCAGUCAGAUUAUGAAGAAUAGAGUAUAGCAGACCAUAAAUUAUCUUUGUCGCUCUAGUUUGUUAAUCGAUAUUACUGUCGCAGAUGUUGCUUUUGAUGACAAUUUAUAUUAUCUGGUUUCUAGUUUCCAUAGGACUGAUUUAAAAACAUCACAUUAUUCACAUCAAGAAAGUCUUACCAGAGAGAGGUCUUUCUUGACUAAGUUUGUAAGUAUGACCAGGAAGCUCCUGAAUUGGGGAUUUGAUAACUCACUUUCAGUUUUCAAUAGAUUUAAAGCAAAUUGCAAAAGUAA